CGCGAUUUGGAGAGGAUUACGCCAGUCGACUUUGAAAAAAUUUGUUUCCAAAAAUCAUGGAGAAUAUAGCACUAGGACAACGCCGAUGGACGAUUUUAAGGACCACAAGAUUUUGGUUGAAAAUUACUCAAAUGGUGCGUACUAAAUACUAAUAACUUUUAAUAAUACUUGCUUACAUGCGCAAUAAUAAUAACCAUUUUUGCAAAAAUACAUACAAACACUGUUGCGUGAUAAAUGUUCUGGUGAAAAAAUAUUGCAAAGUGUUUUUGUUUGCGCAUUGGAUGUAUAUCGUAGUAAAAGCAAUACGGAAACCUGUCGUUCCCCAAUCGGCCUGUCCAAGUUCAACUAAUAUACCUUUCAUUGUCCCAAAUACGAACUUUAACACCGCGGUGGUAUACACCAUAAUAGGCUCCUAUUAUGAUGUUUUUAGAUAAAUAACAUUCAAUUUUAGACAGAUCAAUUUUAGUCAGGCUUUUUCUUCAUGUACAUAUUCUAAACACGAAAACCUUAUAUCUAAAUAAUAUAUAUAAAUUGAUAAAAUGCUUCAACCAAUAAUCAGUGCAUAAUAAUUUAUACACGGCACCUCUUUUUCAUGCAAUUAUCAAGUCACCGUCCAAUGGACUUUUCUGUGAAUAUACCUCUUUAAAAAAGACUCGAGAUUGCAAAAGAGUCUUGGACAGUCAAUUUCUUUCGAUCUGCAUUAAUAAACGACGUUGCAGGCAAUUGUUGCAAGUCCAGUCUCGUCAAGGAAUAAGAAAAAAUUACGUGCUUGCGCAUUUUCGAAAUCACAAAUGGAUCCGCGCACAUUGCUAGUUAUUUCGGUUUAAAAAGCAGUUUUUAUACAAUAUAUAGAGACGAUUAAUAAACAUGAAUGCUAAGUAUUUUAUCCUACAAAUUUUAUCCUUCAUCUUGCGUAGGAUAUGAUUGGGAUGUAUUUUGAAACCUGAGAAGCGUUCACAGCAGCAUUUUAUACAUUUUGUUACAUGCCUUAACUUGUCCAAAGUUCCUGCUUAUUUUACCCAGAAAACGAAACCGAAAGUACAAGAUUCCACGGUCCAUUAGAGACGGAAAUAUGGCAAUAUACAGUACAAAAUGGUCGAUAUAAAAGUACUCGUUCAGAAAAUAAAUACUGAAAUUUAAUACUGUGUUGUCGUUUAUCCGCGCAUUUUAGCAAUGUGUCAUUGAUUUUGUUUUAGCACGCAUUAUUAUAUUUGCGCGAGAACAAUAACCGACGGAAAACAUGGAUUAACAUCCAGGCAUAUUUAAAAUUAUUCUUUCUAUUAUAUUUAUUUUUGGACCCGAAAAUAUUUCGUUUUAAACGGCAUUGUGUUUAUAUAAUGCGCACUAAUUUCAAAAUAGAGAGAUCGAAAUUCAAGGUAAUCUAUAUUAGAUUUCGCGCAAUUUAUUGGAUCUCAAGGUUUUUGUAGCUUAACCAAAAGCGGUUGAGCGGUUAACCAAAGCAUUGCUUUGUUGCCGUAUUUGUUUUACAAAUCCUUCUGUUCACUGCCACGCAGACCCUUUCACAUAUGAAAGUCGCGAGUUUUGCUUGACUGGAAAGAGUCAGUCAACGCUCUGAUACGAAGGCGUGAGUUUUUCUUGUUCCACCCAUCAACAGGGAAAGUUGAUAGGGUGGGUUAGGCUAAAUUAGGAAGGUCAUAUCAUAAUUGUCGGAUAUAUUAUGGCCACUCUGGUCGAGUUACAGGACUCCAUUUAAACUAGCCAUAGCUAACCAUAUUGCUUUAUUUUGCUCACAUGAUAAUACUGGAUACCUGAUCAAGUAUAUUAAAUUAUUGAUUCAGUCCUAGGACUGGAUCAAAAUUAAUUCACCUCACUUUAAGUAGUGAUUUAUAUUUUAUUCGUAUGAGAUGUCAUUUCAAAUCCGACUAUGAGGACUGGACUGGAUCUCAAGGACUGGACUGGAUCUGAGGACUGGACUGGAUCUCCUCGCAUUUUGUUCCAGUCCUCGGCUUCCCCUCGGACUUGAUCAAAUUGCGCGCACUUGAAAUCUAGUCCAGUCCUCAUAGUCGGAUUUUAAAUAUUACUUAAAAUCAUAGUAGCUGUAGCUAAACCAAAUCUUUACGAAAAAUACAUUUGUUGAACUAGGUUUGCUUUUAUUCAAACGUUUCAUCCAAAAGCGUCCAAGUUUAUUAUUUAUCAGCCGUUUAUUGGACAAAUAUAGUAGAAACAUUUACAAGUUAAGUCCAAAGGGGAUAGCGCAAACGGGACGAGACCCAUGCUAGGCGCACCUCCUCCAAAAAAAGGAGAAAAACAAACCAACCUAAUUUACUAUACAAAUAUAUAUUACAUAACAUGCAUAUUAAGAACGGUGGCAGGGGCAGACUCUUGUGAGCGACCAAGUACAUGCCAUAUCAACAUUAAAAGUACUGUUGACCAAUGCGGUGUAUGUCACAUGCAGAAAGCUUUUAAAAGUUGUUAAACUGGCGAACUUUUCAGGAGAGGCUAUUUUUCCAACAUUAUUCCAAGUUUUAACUAUUCGGUUAAAGAACGAUCCUUGGAAAGUGGAUGUUCUACAGUAUGGAGAUUUUAACAUUAGAGAUGGAUUCUGAGUACGAGUUCGAUUAUGAUGUAUAAAUGACACAAAAUGUUCAAUGUUCAAAUCAGUGUGGCCGAAAAUACAUUUAUAGAAUUGCUGUCAAACAAAGAUAUUAAGGGCAUGCUUGUUUUGUUUCUAGGUUUGUGCUGUGGUGGCAAUUGUACUGUGUACAAUAUUUAAUCAAAAUACAAGAGUACACAUGAUGGAUUCCCAUUACUACUACAGUGUUCAUCUCACGUUCCCGUUCAUCUACGAAUCAAACGUGACGGUGCAGUACUCAUUAGAUCUACCUUUGAGACAGUUCAAGUUUGAAAAGUUGCUCCUUCCUUCAGUUAUAACAUUUGUGGUCGCAACGGCUCUGGCUUUGAUAGUGGCAACCGUUGUUUUAAUACUCGACGUAGUUCACCAUGGGUUGCAAGAAUCGCAAACAUAUAUUAAAGUGGUAAGAAUUAGGGCUGACUCCAUUUAAUAUCCCUACCCUCGUAUUGAGGUAAGGUGGUUUUGGCCAUGGAAUUCCUCAAGGAUACUGAAAAUUUUACUAAGGUGGAUUAGCGCUAACCCUGGGUUAAAAUUUAACCCACUGUUUCGGUUUGUGUAUUUCUGCACGUCUGUUUAUUUCAAAAUUUCACAGAAGUAAACUCCUAUCGCGAUCCAGACAAGAUUUCCGAAUUUAUAGACAAGCUAUUAGAAAAACAAAGUUUGCUUUGAAUUUUACGUUAACCUAGGGUUAAGCUAAUUGGCAGUCGAAUAACCAGCCCUAGGAGAAUUCCGUUGAACGACCGGCCCCCAGGGGGUAAAUGCUAUGGACAAGAAUUCGUUAGGGGAUCUCAUUUGCGACAGGAAUUCUGAAGCGGUAUAGGUAAACUCUUUUCCUCGAUAUAGGGCCCACCCACGUACGUAGUACGCCUUUGAAAUGCACUAGCUAAUUCGGACCGGUGCGCAAAUUCGUCGUAUUCCAUACAUCCCAUGUGAACUCAAAAAGCGAACUAACUCCUUCACCAGUAUUGACCAACAUUGACUGUAUAUUUUAUAGAGUUUCUUUAUAUCCCUUGGGAUGACGUUUAUGGUGUUGGCUGGUAUAUGUCUAUGGUUGGCAAAUCUAAUUACAUUAGUUAAAGAUGUGAAUGAUGAACUCAAUUUUCUGCUCAAUCAGUGUAAAGAAAACAAUGGUAAAUGCGAGACGAAGAAACCAAAUUUUAUCACGCUUUAUAUAUCCAUGGUAAGUUUGCACCUGUAUUAUGUUUUUCCACCUAAAUUUCGCUCAGGUCUCAUUGCCAGAAUAAUGUAAGGGAUGACCUCACUGGACCUCUUGGGAAAACAAUUUAAAACUGAUAGAGGUAUCUAGUACGAAUAAUGUUAACUUAGGUUUCCUCAUCUUUUGACAUUGAACCAAGAAAGGAUGGUCCUUACAGGAUCUUUAGGGACUACAAUUUAGAACUGAUAGAACUAUCCAGUAUUUUCCAUCAGAUUUCGUAGUAUCAAAUAUUUGCAUACUAUUCAUCUCCCAACGAAACAUAAAAUCUUCCUUACUCCUUCAUUUCAGGCAUUUGGAAUUUUACUCUUUCUCCUAUGGUUAAUUGAAUGCAUUCAAAUUUUUAUAAAAAUGGUCUACACCAUACCAGCACAGAUCACAUUAACUACCCUUGUACGCAAUGUCGAGCUCAACACGGUUGUGGCAAUAACAUAAUUGUUGUUUUAAUGUUUGAAUGAAAUUAAAUUGCACUGUUGCUUAUAUAGCAUGGAUAAUAAAAUAAAUGGAUAGGAAACUAGUUGACGUGACCUAAUGUUUUCAAUGGGCUGAUGGCGUGAUUGGAUGUUGAAACCUAGUUGCAAACCAAAUUCUCAAAAACGGCAUGCAUGUUUAGCAAUAAUACAGCUAAACAUUUUAGUCAAAGAGCAAAUGAAUAUAACCACGCCAUUCUACGAUGAAAUCUCUAAGUAUUCCCAGUCAAUUUUAGCAAAUAUUUCAAGCACUAAACAGUGAAAAAGGCAUCCCAAAUUUCGUUAAAAUUGGGGACGCCAAUUUCGUAGCUACAAAUGUAAAAAAAUACAAAACAAAGACGAAAAACAUUUACCUUGAAUACUUUGUCGUGGCUUAGGCAUGUUUUUAAAACAAUUAGACCAGUAUAUGCUUCAAUAUUACUCUUUUAAAGCGGAAAGUAUAGCGAAACAACAAAAAUGCCGAGAACUUUGCAAUACGCGUGACGUCACAGAUUGUUUUUGCUUACGUCAGCUAGAGUCCUAUCAAAUCAGUCCUAUUUAAGUCCUAUUUAUUAAUAAGCAACACUGCUCUCUCAUUUUACGACCCGAAUGAAAGCUAUGGUUUUAAAAUUAUUGUGCAAUGAUACUCUUAACACAAGUUUCAAGACCUAAUGGCCACCUGGCCAAGUGGUAAAUAAAUUGACAUUGAUUGAUCUCAAAAACGAAGGCUGCACAGCUUAACCAUUACAAAACGUCGAAUUGUAUUAAGAUUUUUGAAGCAUAUUAUGGUUUAAUGUAGUAUUUUAAAGACAUAUAAAAAUAUGGAAUAUUUUUUAACAAUGCCAUGAAAUUUAAGAAAAUAAUUUGUAUUUGAUCACCAAUGCUUGGUUCACGAAAACGGGACAAGACCAAAAAAUGCAUGGAAGUAAAAAACAAUUUUUUUUUUGUUUUUCAACAAUGUAAAUAUCAUUCAUAAUUGAAAAUAAAGUUGUGUUUAUUGUGGAC